ACGCCAUUCAGGUGCAAAACGCAACGCGGGCGCCAACGGACGACACAAGCCAACACUACUGCGGGACGCACACACGUCUAGUGUUCGAAAAUCGAAUUAUCGCAUUCGACGACGACGGUUAUUUCGUAUUCUUAAUUUAAAAACUAAACAGUUCCUUAAAUAUAACGGAUUAAAAUACCUAUGCAGGAUUUAAGGACCGCAAGUGACGUGAUAUGGUUUCUGAAAGUGUUAUUUGACGCAAGCCUGAACGUCAGUUUGUGAUACAAAACAAACCUUUGACUGAUCAUGCUCUUAUACAGAACUUUCUGCUGAACUAUUGUGGUCGAGUUUUAUCUAUACACCUCUAUAUCGACGCGGCCAACGCCGUUGGAAGAGACCAUCUCAGUGACUUGAGGACCAGCGCUCGCGCCGACAUCGCCCGUCGCCUGCCCGCAUAGGAUGGUAGAAACUGACCCCGGGCCCAAGAAACCUCACAAUUGUGAUGUAAAAGGGGACAACCAGCUAAACGGACCAGGUUCCAAAAAUAUUGACCUUGGUGUCGUUCCCUCGUUGAAGACAGUCAAGUCUGAUCCGGAGAAGGGCUCCAAUUCGGAGAAAGCUGACUUCGAGCGUGCCAUCGAACUAACCGGAUAUGGACGGUUUCACUACCUGUUGCUGGCGGUGUGCGGCCUGGUCAGCACCUCGGAGGAGAUGGAUGUCAUCUCCAUGUCCUUCAUCCUCCCGUCCGCGCAGUGCGACCUAGACCUCAGUACACAGACCAAAGGAUGGCUGAACAGCAUAAUCUUCAUCGGCAUGAUGGUGGGCGCGUACGCAUGGGGCAGCGUGGCGGACUCGCUGGGCCGCAAGCGGGUCCUUAUUGCCAUCUCUGUCAUCAACGGGCUGGCCAUCGUCUGCUCCUCCUUCAGCCAGAACUACGAGCUCUUCAUGCUGUUCCGGUUCAUCAACGGCGCCGCGUUAGGCGGGUCAGGUCCGGUGAUCUGGUCGUACUUCGCGGAGUUCCAGCCGAAGAAGAAGCGAGGCGCCAUGUUGAGUUUCAUGGCAGCCUUCUGGACACUCGGUAACCUGUUCGUCGCCGGCCUCGCCUGGGUCAUCAUCCCUAGUGAAAUCGGCGGCGUGACAGGCGGCUUCGUGUAUAACUCGUGGCGCAUCUUCCUGCUAGUGAUGUCACUGCCCUCGUUCCUCGUGGCCGCGCUUCUGCUGCUCCUGCCAGAGUCCCCCAAGUUCCUCAUCACCACGGGCCGCCAGGAGGAGGCAAUGGAAGUCUUCCGCACCAUCUACCUCAUGAAUACCGGCCGCAGCAAGGACGAGUAUCCAGUCAAGCAAAUUUUAAUAGAAGAGCCAGUGCACAGAAAGCCUGAGAAGGCGCCGGUGGAGAACAAAGAACCCAAGUCAAAGAUGCGGCGGAUGAUGAGCGACAUCGUGGAGCACAGCAAGCAGCUGUUCGUGCCGCCCAUCCUCAAGUUCACCGCCAUCUCCAUCACCAUCAACUUCACCUUCCAUAUUGGUUACUACGGGCUAAUGAUGUGGUUCCCGGAGAUGUUCAACCGCUUCGACGAGUGGUCCCGAACCCACGACAACGCGGAGGCCGACAUCUGCCAGGUGACAGCGUACGUCACGCAGCACGGCACGCACUCGGCCGAGCACGUGUGCGACGCGCACAUACAUUCCGACGUGUUCAUGGACUCGCUCAUCACCGUGUCUGCGGCUAUACCCUCCAACAUCUUGACCGUGUUGGGGAUGGACAGACUCGGCAGAAAGUUCUUCUUAGUGUUCGCGACGUUCUCAGCGGGUUUAUGUUCUGCUGCCAUGUACUUCGUGUACAACAAGACUAACAACCUGAUCGUCAGCGCUAUCUUCAGCUCCGUCAUCUCAUGCGGCAACGCCUCGCUCGACUGCCUCAUCACUGAAGUCUUCCCCACUAACUUGAGAGCUACCGGAGUAGCGAUAUCGAUGGUGGCAGCGCGUCUGGGCGGCAUCAUCGGUAACGUGGUGAUCGCGGUGUUGCUGGACACGUACUGCCCCGCGCCGACCUUCAUAGUGGCCGUGCUGCUGGCCAGCGGCGGCCUCAUGUGCCUCUUCCUGCCCAACACCACGCGGCAGGCGCUGCAGUAACCAUAGCUCACGUCACGCAGCAGACUACGACCAUAGACAAUAGUUAUUGGCCGUAAAUAAAAAAGGAAUAGCGCGAAAUACGGACAAUCUCCUCACUUACAUAGAUUCUAAAUUCGAUGAUCUGGUCGUUCGUUUAUAUGGUUGGUUAUUUUUCUCAUUUCGUUAUAUUGUCGAAAGUCUGCUGUGAGACUUAUAUCUAGUUACCAAAGCCUUGUCUUGUGAUCGUUGACUAAAUGAUGUAUCUAGUUCUUUCUAUUGUAUUUUGUAUUUAAACGAUUAAUUUAUGAAACAAAUGCAAAGUACGAAAGAUAUUAUAUAAGUAAUAAACAUUUGACUGUUGUAGGUUGUUAUAACUUAUUGAGUUUUGUUAACAGCAAAACGGAAAUGCUGAAACAAAGUUUGCAGCUUGGAUGAAGUAUUAUAUAGAUAUAAGUGUCAUUCAUUAUUUUUGUUGUUUUAAUGCAACUAUUUUCAUACUACGAAUUUAUAAAUUAGCAAUUGUUACCGUAGUGUAUAGCGUAGUGUGUAGUGAAGAUUAAAACUUUUGCGAGUUGUGAUAUAAAUUCCUAUAUAUAGUGAUAACAUGUAUAUAAUUUGAUUACUUUAUAACACCAUUUUAAUAAACGAACCUAAUGUGCCUCCCAUGAAACUGUUAAAAAGCAAUACAAAGUGUUAAAAUAAUAUUUUCAAUAUACUUAUAGAGUAAAUCAUAAAUGACUUGC